AUGGCGGACAUUAGCGACAAUGAGCUUCGUGAGAUCUACGACUUUGCCGUUCAAUUGGGCAAAGAUGCGGGAGCCAUGCUCAUGAAGGCGGCGAGGUCGAGGUUCGAGGGCGGCGAAUCGCAAGUCAUUACAGAAAAGGAGAAUUCAGUAGACCUGGUAACCAAGACAGACACAGAAGUUGAAGCUUUCAUCCACACUUCGGUCGCAAACAAGUAUCCCAACCACAAAUUCAUUGGCGAAGAGACAUACUCAGCCGGCUCAUCCCGCGAUUACCUCGUCGACGACAGCCCGACAUGGAUCGUCGACCCCCUCGACGGCACCGUCAACUUCACCCACCUCUUCCCCAUGUUCUGCGUCUCCAUCGGCUUCGCAGUGAAAGGAAAGCCGAUCAUCGGAGUCAUCAACGCGCCCUUCCUCAACCAGACAUUCUCCUCCCUCAAGGGCCACGGCGCCUGGAUGAACGAGACGCAGAAGCUGCCCCUCAUCCUCAGCCCCCUGCCGGCCAACGCCCCUAGCGGAUGCGUCUUUUCGUGUGAAUGGGGCAAGGACCGUCGGGAUACGCCAGAUGGAAACAUGCACCGGAAGGUCGAGAGCUUCGUCAACAUGGCGGCUGAGAGAGGUGGAAGAGGCGGCAAGGGCGGCAUGGUGCACGGCAUGAGAAGUUUGGGAAGGUUAGUUUAUUGCCAUGGCCGAUGCAAGGGACGCCUGCUGACGAAACAGUGCGACGUUGGACCUGGCGUAUACCGCCAUGGGAUCGUUCGAUAUUUGGUGGGAGGGUGGCUGCUGGGAGUGGGACGUCGCCGCAGGAAUCGCAAUCCUCGAAGAGGCCGGUGGAUUGAUGACCAUCGCCAACCCGCCCGGAGAUACAACAGUCAUCCCGGAAGCAAAGCUGGGCAGCAGACUUUACUUGGCCAUUCGUCCCGCAGGGCCUUCUGA